UAAACAAACACGGAAGAGCUUGAGCUGGGAUCAUGUCAAUGGCUGGGAUCACCAGAUUUACCGUAUGCCGUAUCACAAUUGUCGUAUAAGAUAUGUCUUUUCGUAAUAUUUCCAAAGAGGCAUUGGCUGGAUCCAUCACAUUGGGAGUUGUUUUAUUCGCCGGUUAUUUCUUUGGGAAAAAGAAAUCUUCCAAAAUGAGCAUCUUUAAAAGUCACACCGAGGGAAAAGACAACCCACUGCUGCAGUACGUCCUCAAUAACUCCUUGAGGGAGCAUCCGGCCCUGAAAAACCUCAGACUUAGGACAAUGGAACACUCCUUGAACUUCAUAAUGGUCGCCUGUGAGCAGUCGCAGUUCAUGGCCAAUCUGGCAAAACUAAUCAAAACCAAGAAAGCAUUAGAGAUUGGAGUAUACACAGGCUACAACACACUGAGCAUUGCACUGACUUUGCCUGACGAUGGAGUUAUAGUCGCAUGUGAUAUCACUGAAGAAUACGCCAACAUUGGUAAACCCUUCUGGAAAGAGGCUGGAGUUGAGCAAAAAAUUGAUUUACGCAUUCAGCCAGCACUGAAAACUCUAGAUGAUCUCUUGUCAGAUGACCAGGCUGAAACAUUUGACUUUGUCUUCAUUGAUGCAGACAAAGUUAACUAUGACAACUACUUCGAAAAGUCUCUGAAACUGUUGAGGAAAGGGGGCAUCAUUGCUAUCGACAACGUGCUGUGGAGUGGAAAAGUAGUGAAUCCUUCCCCUGGCGACACAGACACUCUGGCCAUCGACAAGCUCAACAAAAAGUUGCACCGAGAUGCUCGAAUCAGCCUGAGUAUGCUCACAGUGGGAGAUGGGCUUACAAUAGCUAUCAAAUUAUAGGGCCGAUGUCCAAUAAGUGCAAUGGUUCAUAGGCUUUGGAAGGUAACUCUGGGGAAACUGUCCUUUUAAAGUUUUAAAAGUGAACUAUUAUAUUGGAUAUGCCAUGGUAGCUGAAUGUGUUACUAUCUGGGCUCAUGUUACUUGUCACUGUAUUGUUAAGUAAUUCCAAUGGCAGUUGUUUAACUUCACAAUCAGUAACUUAGUUCAUUUUACAGUAAAAAGACAAAGUGCAGCGUUGGAAUAAAAUAAAGAAAUUUGAUUCAAAAACAAA